AUGUCUGCUCAACCUGACACCACCGCUGCAGACCCUUCUCCGGCCCUCCUGACUCCUGUCGGACCUCCUCCCAAGGUGAGCAGCCGCGGGCGGGCUGCCGCUCCAGCCGCCAACUCCAACUCGGACGAAUCGGACUUCCCUGAGUUUGAGCUGUUCGGUGCAGUCGGCCCGAGAGGACUUCCACCUUUGACUGAGUUCCUUGAUAUCUGGAAUGUGGACAUGAUGAAGAAACGAGACGGGAGCAAUAAGAUUCUCCAUCACACGGGGUCGUACGAGUCCGACUACUUGAUUGUCCGGAGAGGACAAGAGUUCCAAGUCAACAUCACCUUCAACCGCCCGUACAAACCGGACAAGGACAAGUUCGCGGUGGAGUUUGUCAUCGGUUCCAGUCCUCAGUACAGCAAGAACACCUACAUUCCUGUCUUCCCCAGCGACGACAGACAGAGCUCUUGGCCGGGCCGCGUCAUCCAGACCUCUGACAACGUGCUCACUAUGGGCGUGACCCCCGCCGCCAACUGCAUUGUCGGCAAGUACCAGUUGUACGUGGCCGUGGCCACUCCGUAUGGCAUCCGCAGGACCAGAAGGGAUAGGAGCCGGUACAUGUAUGUUCUCUUCAACCCGUGGGUGGCAACCGAUGCAGUGUUUCUAAACGACGCUGUUGAGAGGGAGGAGUGCGUGAUGGCGGAAACUGGAAUCAUCUACCAUGGUUCCUAUGACGAUGUCGCAGAGAGACACUGGAACUUUGGCCAGUUCAACCACGGCAUUCUAGAUGCUUGCCUGUACAUUUUGGACAGAUCUGAGAUGCCUAUCAUUAAUCGAGGGGACCCAAUCAAGGUGGCUAGAAAGGCCUCCGCCAUGUUGGACUCUCGCGACGACGAUGGCGUGAUGGUGGGAAACUGGAGCGGCGACUACACCUAUGGGGUGGCGCCCACGGCAUGGACCGGCAGCACCGAAAUCCUCCUGACUUACGCCAACAGCAAGAUGCCAGUGUGCUACGCUCAGUGUUGGGUCUACGCUGCUGUCUUCAAUACCUUCCUGCGCUGCCUGGGUAUCCCGUCGCGAGUCAUCACAAACUACUACUCCGCUCAUGACAACGACGGAAACCUGAAGUCUGAUAUCAUCCUGGAUGAAAACGGCCGGAUAGAUCGCAGCCGUACCCGGGACUCCAUCUGGAACUAUCACUGCUGGAACGAAUGCUACAUGUCCAGACCGGACCUGCGGCCCGGCUUCGGAGGUUGGCAAGUUGUGGAUGCGACGCCGCAGGAGACCAGCGAUGGCUUGUACAGAUGCGGCCCGGCAUCCAUUCAGGCCAUCAAACACGGUGAAAUCUGCUUCCCCUUUGAUGCAGCCUUUGUGUUUGCGGAGGUGAACAGUGACAUGGUGUUUUAUACCCGACGGAAAGAUGGUACCUUGGAGCCGGUUAAGGUGAAUCGAAGCCACGUCGGUCGAAAGGUUUUGACCAAAGCUCCUGGCGCGCUGAGUAGCCGUGACAUCACGGAUCAGUACAAGUUCCCCGAAGGCAGCGCUGAGGAGCGCACGGUCCUGGAGAAAGCAGAGACGUACAACUGUAAGAGAGAGAAAUCUGAGCUCCCUCCGGCCGACGUCGACCUGCUUCUGUCCAACGUGGAAGUCAACGUCGGGGACGACUUUGAAUUGAAUCUGAAAUUCGUCAAUCGCAGCGACCAGCGGCGUACCGUGGAAGCGUACGUCAGCGGCAGCGUCAUCUACUACACGGGCGUCGUCAGCUCAGAGUUCCUGUUCACGACCCCCAGCGUCAAGAUUGGGCCGUCCAGCAGCGCGAAGGAGUCCGUGACCGUCGAAGCCAAGCGGUACAUGAAGUCGAUGGUGGAGCAGUCAAACCUGCACUUCAUGGUGACGGGGAAAGUCACCGAGACGGGACAGAUCAUCAGCGCCAUGAAAAUAAUCCGCCCGCGCAAUCCCAAACUAAACGUUAAGGUGACGGGAAUCGCAAAGGUCAGCGAGGAAAUGUUCGCAACGGUGGAAUUUACAAACCCGUUAACCACUAAUUUGGAGGAUGUCUACAUUCGCAUGGAAGGAGCGGGGCUCAUGCUUCCCAAGUUUAAGUACUACAGGCUCAUCACUGCAGGCUCGUCCCUUACUUGGAGCGAGUCCUUCACCCCGCAGAGGCCAGGAACCACCAGUCUGAUCGCCACAUUGGACUGUCCCACUCUCAGGCAGGUGCAGGGGAAGUUCACGCUCACUGUCGAGGCCUAA